AUGGAUGCGAAUUCGCAUCCAUUGGAUAUUCCCAAUUCCAUCGGGAAAUCCCCACCCAGCUCGACAGUUCCCAAUUCUACUACUGCUUCCGUACUUCCUGCUCCUACUAUCCCUACUACUACUAUUCCAAAACAUGCCACCUCUCAAGAAAUGAGGGACUUUGCCUCCCUCACAUCGAAAUGCAUCCGUAAGUCUACCAGAUCAGUUAUGGAGAGACUUCCAGACAACAUUUAUGACCCUCAUCAAGACCGCUCCAACUUCUCAAUGCUCCAGUACAUCGCUCAGAAAUACAACUUACCAAUGCCAACCAACUGCUACUGUCAUCAAUGCAAGGCCAAAAUCCGUCCGUUAGAAAUCCAGUUCUCAUCUGAAAACGACCGCGACUUGUUCAAUGAAGGCUUCAAUAAGAUCAAGAAAGAAGAGAGAUGCAUUACAUCCAUUUACCCUAUGCCACGACUUCGCCGCGAUCUCAUGGAAGACGAGCUUACGAAACUACGUGAAUCUAGGAAAUUUGUGUACGAGCAGAAUAAGGAAGCUGGAAAAUCUAUCUUCAUCAUGAAGGACAUCGGGUACGUCUCAAAUCCAAAACCGAGGGUUUUUAAUUCAUCCUCUUCCUCUUCCUAUCUCUCUCCUCCCUCCAAUCCUAUUCCUCAAACUUCUGAUUACACCUUUUUGACAAUUGAUACUCAUAUCUCUGAACGUUUAUCUUCCUCUCAGCAAUUUUCCUCGCCCCCCGGUAGCUUUAUACCUUCGCUAGAUAACAUAACUCUAAAAUCAAUCAAUAUGUCUCUUGCAAAUGUACGCGGUGUAGCUGUCCUACCUAAGAUAAUUAUGCUCAAAGAAUUCUUCACUUCAUCUGACCUGGAUAUCCUCUUUCUUACUGAAACUUUUCUUAACAAUACAGUACCUUCUGGUCUUUUUGCUUCCCCCCUAUUUUCUUUCGUAAGAGUAGACCGUAAUCCAGAACUUCAUUCUAAGGUGUCCGGUGGCGGAGUUGCUAUUAUGUACAAGAAUUCUUUAAACAUUUCAAUUCGUAACAUUAACUUUGAAACCCACUAUCCCAAGCAUCGCUGCGAAAUUCUGGUCUUUGAUAUCCUCAACACGCAUUCUCCUGCUCCCCCACUUACGGUUUUCUUAGUUUAUAGACCACCUUGCUGUUCCGUAGCUGAAAACGCCUCUCUAAUAGCCCAUCUUGAAGAUUAUUUACCACUCAGCCGCACUCUCCUCACAGGCGAUUUUAACUUCCCCCAAAUCAAUUGGUCAUCUCCCAACGCAUCGUCGCACCCAUUUGCCUCCUUUCUGUGCUCAAGUGAUCUUUCGCAAAGAGUUCGGUUCCCAACCAGAGUUUCUUGCACCUCCAGUAAUAUUCUAGACCUAGUGGCCUGCUCCUCCGAUAUCUCUGUUCUGGAUCUGGCCCCACAGCCUGCUCUUCUGAACUCGGAUCACUUAUCUGUUGAAUUUAAGAUCCCACUUCCCUCUCCUACUGUAAUCCCUAGUUGUUCUUCCUCCCAAAAUUCUCGCAACGCUUUAUUGUAUGAUUAUAAAAAAUGCGAUUUUCCCUCACUCAAUAGAGACCUGGCUUGCAUUAAUUGGCAGUUCGAAUUUAGCUUCCUAAACUCGGUUUCUGAUAAAUUUGAACACCUCCUUUCAAUUCUAGAGAACCUCCUAACUCAAUACUGCCCAACCAAAUCAAUGAUCCCGUCCUCUUCUAUCCCUCCUUCUUCAAAUUCCUUGCGGAAACUUAAACGCCUACGUCAAAAGAUUAGUAAGCUUGUUCUCUCUAGGAAUUGUCCUCCCGAAACCAUUAUAAUUGCCCAAGCCAAAUACCGCAAGUUGUACCGCAAUUACAAAAACUCCCUUCGACGUUCUGAAAACGGAAUUGUCUCCAGCUCAAACUACGCUAAAAUUAGGCGUCUCAUCAAUAGUCGCCUCAAAACGCUAGACCUUGUUCCAGCAUUUAUCUCUGACAAUAAAACCAUAGUUAGUGACUCUGCUAAAAGCGAAAUUUUUGCUAAAAUGUUCGCUUCACACUACCCCCCUGAAAACACCCAGCUUCCUGACCCGCUUCUCAAUAGUCCUCGCAAUUCUGAUUCUACCAACUCCAACUCGACUACCAACUCUAUUAGGAAUGAUUCCUUCCAACCCUACAUAAUAGAAAGCGUUCUAUCUAAACUCCCACCCAAAUGCGGGUUCUCCCCCCACUGCGCAAAUUACUUAGUACUGAAGAAAUGCGCCACCCCGCUCGCACUGCCUCUUUCUCUAAUAUUCCAUCAAUCAUUUGCUGAAUCUACUAUUCCCGCCCGAUGGAAACAGGCAAUAAUCAUCCCUAUUCUCAAAAAGGGUAAUUCCUCAUCCCCUCACAACUACAGACCCAUCUCGUUGACGGACCCCUUUGUGCGCGUAAUGGAACGCAUCAUCUGCUCCCGAAUCCGCACGGAUUUUUCCCAUCUACUUUCCCCCCAUCAACAUGGGUUCUUACAACUUAGAAGCUGUCCUUCCUCUCUAGUUCGCUCCAUUACUCUCUAUCACUCUAUAAUUAGACAGGAAAAAUCACUUGACAUUAUCUUUUUCGAUUUUGCCAAGGCGUUCGAUAAAGUCUCCCAUUCUAUCCUCCUCAAAAAACUUGCUUCAUUUGGAUUAGACCCCCUCACUUGUUCUUGGUUCAAAGAAUUCCUUAAUCAAAGAACGUUCUCAGUAAAAAUCAAUAAGUUUUUAUCUAAAAACACCUACCCCAUUUCUUCUGGAGUCCCGCAGGGUUCCGUUUCGGGCCCUCUCCUCUUCAUUUUAUUCAUAAACGACUUACUGAUUGAUCUUGAACAUUCUAUAAAUGUCUCCUGUUUUGCGGAUGACAUUAAAAUCUACCAUCACAACCCUUUAAUUAUCCAACAAUCUAUCGACACUAUUGUUAGCUGGUCCAAGAAGAAUGAGCUGCCCCUCGCCCCUGCCAAAUCUGCUUCCCUUUCUCUGGGUUCCCUAAACACCAACCACUCAUACUCAGUUGAUGGUGUUCCCAUAAUCCCCUCUUCUACUGUUCGCGACUUAGGUCUUGUCACCGAUCCCAAGCUUAAAUUUGAGGCCAACAUUGCCAAAGUUAGUUCCCUAGCCAUGCUUCGGGCUAAACAACUCCUAAAAGCAUUCUCUUCCAACUCACCUAACUUCUACGGGUUUCUUUUCAAAACUUACGUGGCUCCAAUUAUAAAUUACUGCGCUGAGGUUUACUCUCCCUCCCCUAAUUGAUUGCUCUCGACUAAACUUGAGAAACCUCUUAGACACUUUACCAAGCGCGUUCUGCAACGAUGUAAUACUAAAUUCUCCUCUUAUGAAGAUAGACUUAGCAUAAUGAAACUCUUCUCCACCAGACACACUAGAAUUAAAGCUCAAAUGAAUCUACUCUAUAGAUUCCUCACUGGAUCGUCCCACUUCCCUAGUCUCAAUCAAUUUGUCUCAUUUGCUAGCUCUAAUAGGCACCCUAUGAUUCUCGUUAGAAAGGACAGUUGCACCGCUCACUUUUUCGCCCAAUCAGUUCCCAUUUGGAAUAAUCUUUUUAAAAACGUCCCGGUUUUCCUCUCUCCUUACCAAUUCUCUCACUUUCUCGAUCUUCACAUUCCCCGGUAUUGA